UGCUGAUUAACAUGCACCUGCUUCAUAUUUAUUAUGUACAGAACUAAAUCACAGUGAGCUGAAGUUCUGACAGUGCUUUACUCUGUUUUUUACUCAAUAGUGUCUCCAAACACAGACAUGCAUGUAUGAGCCUCGAUGAUGAUGAUGAUGAUGAUGAUGGUGGUGGGGGUGUUUCUUCAUCCUGGAGCUUCUAUUGGUCACAGAUGGACUUUCCCCUUCAUAUCAACUUCAUUCAGUAAAAAUAGCAGCACAGAAGCAGCAGCUGCUCAGGAGCGCAGACGUCCAGCGACUGACCGACUGAACAAACACUGCUGCUGCUGCUCACAGACACUCAUCUUCUUCAUCUUCAUCUUCAUCAUCUGAGGAAUGGCUAUGGACUUUGUCGCAGGAUGUAUUGGAGGAGCCGCAGGUGUGCUGGUCGGACAUCCGUUUGAUACGGUCAAGGUGAGACUGCAGGUGCAGAGCGUGGACAAGCCCUUGUACCGCGGCACGUACCACUGCUUCCAGUCCAUCGUCCGGCAGGAGUCGAUGCUGGGCCUCUAUAAGGGCAUCGGCUCGCCCAUGAUGGGCCUGACCUUCAUCAACGCCAUCGUGUUCGGCGUGCAGGGGAACGCCAUGCGCAUGCUGGGCGCGGACACGCCUCUGCACCAGUUCCUCGCGGGCGCGGCGGCCGGACUCAUCCAGUGCGUGAUCUGCUGCCCGAUGGAGCUGGCCAAGACCCGCAUGCAGAUGCAGGGAACGGGCGAGAAGUGCGCCUCCAGGAAGAUGUACAGGAACUCUCUGGACUGUCUGAUCCGCAUCCACCGGAAGGAGGGAGUCCGAGGGAUAAACCGAGGAAUGGUGACCACCGUCAUCCGCGAGACGCCCGGCUUCGGCGUGUACUUCCUCACCUACGAUACGCUGAGUCGUGCGCUGGGCUGCGACUCUGAUGACGGAUACAUCAUUCCCAAGCUGCUCCUGGCGGGCGGCAUGUCGGGAAUGGCGUCCUGGAUCUCCACGUAUCCUGUAGACGUCAUCAAGUCCCGCCUCCAGGCGGACGGAGUGGGCGGAGCCAACAGGUACGACGGCAUCGUGGACUGCGUCCGUCAGAGCUGGCGGCGGGAAGGAUGGAGGACCUUCACUCGAGGCCUGACCUCGACCCUCUUGAGAGCGUUUCCCGUCAACGCCACAACAUUCGCCACCGUCACGCUCUUCCUCAUGUACAUGCGCGAGGACGCCGACAGCAUGAAGGACUGCGAGGCCAUGCGGCCGAGUCUGCAGCACAGCAGCCUGUGACUCCAAGAUCUGAAGAAUGACUCGGAUCGUCUUGAGAUGCAAACCACAGAUUAACUGCACUGACAGACUCUCUGCUGAUUCUGUCUUAUAAAGAGAGAAAAGGUCAGUGAACGCUGAACAAUGACCUCGCAUUAUCUCUACCAUUUUAUGUUUAAUGGACCGUACCGCUGAAUUAUUGGGAUGAAAGAGUCUCCAUUGUGUUUGAGGACUCCCAGAUCAACAUCUAUAGAAACAUCUGAUGCUGAUGAAGGAUGAGAGUGACGUCCUUCAGGAGCUUUGGACGUAAACUAUCACGGAUGAGAGGCUGAACUGUGACGUGUCUGCAACUUAUUUUCCACACAGUCAAAAACAUCAUGCUACAUGUGGUUCCUUUAGGGGUGCAUCUGCUGGGACAGGACAGGUGAAGGGACGACUGUACCUUAUUUAUGCCUCAAAGAUGAAUAUUAUGGAAAGCAUAUGGUUUCAAGUUCAUGGGUUCGAUUUCCAGGAAAUGCAAUAAUGCAUAAAUAUCAGCACCUCAGAGUAGCAAUAUGUGCUCUUAAAGUACUACUAUGUAAUUUUUAGGGCUAAAUAAAGUGCAAAGUUGUGUAAUUGUUAUUUCAUCUUUACAUGCACCUUAAACAUGUGACUAGUUCCUGGCAUGACUGUAAUUGACAUAUUCCUGUAUAUAUGAUAUACUGUAUGUGCAUCAUUUAUUGUCGUUCACCAGUAUUAUUAUGAAUGUAAAUAGUAUGAGGGCUUUAGCAGACAGAUAUUUGACGACGGAUUGUCAGUGUUUUUGAUUCAUGAAGCUCAAGGGAACAUGCAUUACACACUUUCUUCCCUUCAACAUUCAAUAAAUAUGGAAACACAUUCA